UGACCGGAGGAAGUAAUAUUACCAACAAAAUGGCGGCAGAUAGUGCAUCAUGAACAAGAGAACUACACAACUUGAAGCUGUAAAAGAUUCACAAUUAUCCAAUUGAUUAUUGUCCUCAACGUUGUUCCCGUUUUCGUUAUGGCGAGCACAUUGGAUUUCAGGACCCAUGUGGACCAGUCAUGUCGUUAUUCAGAAGAAUUUGUCAACAUUUACUACGACUGUAUGGACAAGAAAAGGAGGAAUUUGACCCGACUCUAUCUGGACAAAGCGACACUGGUGUGGAAUGGCAAUGCUAUAUCAGGACAGGACGCGUUGGCUGAGUUUUUUGAGUCGCUGCCGUCCAGUGAGUUCCAAGUGCACACGCUGGAUUGUCAGCCAGUUCAUGAACAAGCAACCCAAGGCCAGACCACACUGCUUGUGGUCACUGGUGGGACCGUCAAGUUUGAAGGAAACAAACAGCGUUUCUUCAACCAGAACUUUCUCCUGACCGCUCAGGCUUCACCCAACAAUGACCAGCCUGUUUGGAAAAUCGCAAGUGACUGUUUCCGAUUUCAGGACUGGAACAGCUGAGGCUGACUUCAUCAGUGGACUCAGUUUUAAAAAUGAUCUCAUAUUUCCUUUGUAAUAAAAUACCAAUGCCACACA